AUGGGGAGGAAUGCACAGCAUUUCAUCUUGCUGACCUUGACCUGUGCAUUUUCCUUCUGCUUUGCUGAAGUGGCCCUGGGGGUCGAACUGUCUCCAGAAACCACAUCCUUCAACCAUACAGCUACUUCUGCUCAGCUACUGUACCUCUAUGAUUCUUCACCCCAUCAAAGCACCACAGAUCAUUUUAACAGCACAGGCUCUCUUAAAACACCCAUGAGCCACAGAACAACUGUGCAGACAACAGACCAGCAACAGGCAACAGCAGCUUCAGGCCAGCACAUGACAGCCCAGGCAGGAGCAACCACCAGAUCCACAACACCAGCAGACAACACAAGUGCAGCUGGCCAGGCUACAAUCCAGGCAAUGCACACAGUUACACCUGCAGUGAAGAGCAUGAUCACACACUCUGUGUCCUCCACCAAGCAAGCCAGAACACACAUGAGCACACCCAUGACAGUGGCAGCCACCAAUACAUCCCUAAACCUUACAACAGCAAAGACACAAAUGACAGCUGACACUUCUACAGCCACCACCACCCAGACUGUAAAGUCCUCCACACAGUCAGGAAAAGAAACAACAGCGACUAAAAGUUUAACAUCCACAGCUGUGACCAACAUAACAACCAGCAGCCCAAGGACAAAAACAACCAUCCCAUCUACUACAAAAACGAGACCCACUCCUGCCCCACAGCCUUCUGCCAUCCCCACUGGCACAUACACUGUUUCCAAUGGGAACAGGACCUGUAUCAAAGCAGUCAUGGGUUUGCAACUGAUCAGUCAAAAUGCACAGGGGCAGAUGGAGUACACAGUUGUCAACCCCAAUGAGACACAGAUAUCUGGAAGCUGUGGGAUGGUGCAGUCUGAGUUGAACUUAACUUUCAGUGGAGGGUUUGUAAACUUCACCUUUGUAAAGCAAGCUCCAAGUUACUAUGUCAGUAAAAUUGAGAGCAGAAUGCCAUUAUCUGUUGAAGGUAUGUUUUACUAUGCAGCCAUAAAUAAGAAGCUGUUUACAACAAAGCUGGGGAAUUCCUUUAAGUGUGCCAGCAGGCAAACCUUCACCUUGGAGAAGAACUUCCAGAUCCUCUUUGUUAACAUGCAGCUGCAGGCGUUUGAUAUUGUUGAUAACCAGUUUGGAAAAGAAGAAGAAUGUUUUCCUGAUAGAAACAGCAAAGCAGCUCCCAUUGCUGUGGGCCUGAGUAUCCUGGGAUUGUUUGUCAUUGUGUUUGCCACUUUCCUGAUCUCCAGGAGAAAGCCACAUAGAGGAUAUGAACGUAUCUGA